AUGACAGAAAGUAUCGCGGUAUUUAUAUGCACAGUUAUAGUCAUAUGCACCAUAUUUUGGGUGUGGCACAUGCACAUAAAACACUAUAAUCGGGUAAAAUGCACAAUUGUACUCAACGAUCUAGAAAGAAAUAUAAAGUUAGAUAUAAAUAUAAAUAACGCUUUUAAAGAAAUGCAGAUGGUUUCUGAAAGAAACAGUUGGGUUAUUGCCACUGUAAAAAGCUGUAAUAGCAUUCCCAAGAAACGCUUUAUUCAAAUACUACAGGCACUUAAACAGCUUAAAAUAGAAGAAUUAAGAAUAGAAGAGAUGGAGAUUGACUUAGAACAUGCUUGGAUAGAUGAGAUAAAAACAUUAAAAAGCAUUUCUCUGCACAACUCAAGGAUAUCCCCUGUUCUAAUAUAUGAAAUUAGCAGAUUGCCUAAUAUAGAAUCAUUAAAGAUAUCAGGAGAGUCGUCUAUUUGGGAUAGAGGAGAUAUUGUACAACUGUCCAUAAACGAUACAAUACGAUCAAUUGUAGUACAGAAUGUAAGAAAAGGGCUUAUGGAAGGCUUAUUUCAAAGUGUUUUUUUUGCAUCUGUUAGAAGUAUUAGUCUAAAUAGAUCGAAUGUUGAAUUGGUUGAGCUAUUUAGAUCUACCAACACAGAAAGCAUUCGUAAAAUAGACAUAGCAAAUGAAAAAAUAAGGUAUUCAGACAGAUUAAUAUUACAGCGAUUUACAAAUCUAGAAAUUCUUUCAGUUACACAGACUAAAGUAUGCACUGCCGGGAUAAAUCUAUCGGAGAAUCCAGAAAUUCUAAGAUUUAAUCAGUUAUGGCAGUUUAAAAUAGACAAAGGUAUUUAUUAUAGUCUUUUCUAUAACACACUCUUAGAAACGUCUGAAAGCAACUUUCAUUUACUUAUAAAUCAUCCAGAAGACAACUGUUCUAUUGAAUACAUUCCUAUUAUAAACAAUCUCUCUAGAUUAUUCUGCAGGGCUAGGUCUCAUAAUGUUCUUCAAAUACGCGUGGCAAGUCUACCAACCGCAGGCACAGAUACGAGCCAGAUGCAAUGCAUAGGCCAGAGCAUGCACAAAAGCUUGCCAUUUAUAAAGGACACGCAAAUAGAGCAUCUUCUUGUUACAUUUAAUACAGAUAUGUGCCAAGAGAAAAUACAGAAUGUAUUAGAAACUAUCGUAUUUCAGACACAGGCUUACCACCCAGAAAAAAUCUCUAUAUAUUUCAAAUACACUAGCACACUAAGCAAACUUUAUAUUGAUUCUCUGGUAAGUAAUGAAAGACACUGCUCUCUUAAAGAAGUAACACUAAACAAUAUAAUUGUAUUAGAUGAAUCUAUUUCUUCUGAAUGCAAUGAAUCUUCAACAAGCAUGCCAAGUAACAAUGCGCCAGUUUCUUUGUCUAUGAAAUACGCACCAAAGAAAGCAGACGAGCACCCAUGGCAGAUGAAUUUCUAUUCAAAUGAAAUUACUUCAUCUAUCAAUUCUUAAAAACGUA